AUGGUCGCCGAGAAAGAUCCCCAGUUGACGGCCGAAGAUGUCAUUGAACCGACUACUGAACGAGGAUCUAUUGAAAUCACGGCCGAGGCAGCUGUGAAGGCAGUCAAAGCAGGACGAGCGAAAGAUGUCGACAUCGCUGCUCAGAUCAUCGCCGAGUAUGGCCCAGAAAUGGGUGGCCAGGGAUGGUCCCCCGAGGAAGAGAAGAGAUUGAUGCGAAAGGUCGACUGGAGAUUGAUUCCAAUUCUGUUCGUAUGCGCCACACUCUCGGGCCUGGACAAGACGGCCAUCUCCGGAGCGGCCAUCUAUGGUCUCAAGGAGGAUCUCAAUCUAACCGGUCAGGAUUAUUCCUGGUGCGGUUCAGCUCCAUUUUUUGGUGGUUUGGCUUUCAUGGGACCGGCAGCCUACUGUCUGCAGAGACUUCCGGCAGUGAAGUUCUUUGCAUUCAAUGUUUUCAUGUGGGGAAUCACAGCAAGCUGCAUGGCCGCAACGACAAGUUUCGGAGGACUCUUCGUCUGCAGAUUUCUCCUAGGUGGAUUUGAGGCUCUGCUCAUUCCAGCAGUCACCCUCGUCGUCGCCAUGUGGUACAAGCCCGAGGAGCAACCGAAGAGAAACAGUAUCAUUCUCAACGUGAUUGCACCAAUCCUUAACGGUUUCAUCUCGUGGCUGGUCGGCUACUACAAAGGAUCUUUUGAGCCUUGGAAGAUUAUCUUUCUGGUUUUAGGCAUCUUCACGCUCUUGUGGUCUUUUGUCGUCUACUCCUUCUUGCCAAAUAACCCAUUGGAUGCCGGCUGGCUCUCUGGGAGAGAGAAGUAUAUCAUCAUCCAGCGCAAAGCUUCUGACAAUACCGGUGUGGAGUCAAAGGUGUUCAAGAAAGAACAAGUCUUCGAAGCUGUUCUGGACAUUCGCACUUGGUUGAUUUGGUUUGCUAUUGUUGCAUUACAAGUCCCCAACGGCGGUCUCACCACGUUCAACACCCUGAUCAUCUCCGGGUUGGGAUUCGACUCAUUGCACACUUCGCUUCUGGCCAUGCCUCCUGGAGCCAUGUCAACUUUCUCAGGUAUCGCCUUGUCUUUCCUGGCUGCCACGACCAGGAAAUGGCGUACCGUCAUUAUCGCUGUCUCGAUCCUGUUGCCCCUGCUCGGGGCCGUCCUGUGCUACGCACUGCCUAGAACGAACCUCGCGGGGCAACUUGUUGGACUAUAUAUCCUAUACACCUACUGGGCUCCUUACGUGACCCUUGUGUCUGUGUACCAGGCGAAUAUUGCAGGACAUACCAAGAAGACCGUCCUGUAUGCCUUUUACUACGUAGCAUGGGCUGUAGGAAACAUCAUCGGCCCUCAAACGUUCCGCGCAGACCAGGCGCCGGCAUACACCGGGGGCACGGUGGCCAUGAUUGUUUGCUACGUGGUCGCCAUCGUUUUGAUUUUACUGUAUGGAUAUCUGUGCUACAGGAGCAAUCUCUCUCGGAAAGAGGACAUUGAUCUCGCCGUCGGAGAUCAAGAUUGGCUCGAUAAGACGGACAGGGAAUUGAAGGGGUUCAAGUAUACCACUUGA